GGGUCAAUUCGUGAUGAAGUUCAUGAGACGAAUGUGGAGGUACACCGAGAAUUAAACGCCAUUGUCAGGAAUGGAGGAAAACAAAAGAUUAAUGACAAUGAUGAGGAAGGUGGUAGUAGCAAUCAUUAUAGCGUCGAAGAUAAAAAUGAGGAAGGUGGUAACAGUAAUAAUAAUAGCAUUGAAGAUAAAAAUAAGGAAGGUAGUACCAGCAAUGAUGAUAAUGCCGAUGAUAAAAAGGAGGAAUGUGACAAUGAUGGCAAUAUAAACGGGGAAGAAUAUGUAGAUGAAGACAAGAUAAUCGUACAUGACAUUCUUGAUUGUGGUAUAACAGCAACUCAGGCUGAACAAGAUAUUUUAAAAUUAUAUCACUCGAAUUUUGAUGAUUGUCCUGCCAUGGACCUUCGGCUAUAUUCAAAACUAUCCCUCUCGUUAGACCAAGAGUUGCAAGAUAAUAUUUUACAUGAAGUUUUUGACGAAAUAGACAAUGACUAUAUAACAAAUGAAAUCCACAGUUUCCUCGCCGACUUUUUUAAUGCCGAUCACGGCAAACAAGGAUGGUGCGAAUCAGUUCGGAGAAUAGUCAUUAAUGAAAAGGAUUCAGAAUUACUGCAAUGUACAAAAGAGUUGCUUAAAGGAACACUGGGGCGGUUUGGCGAAAUUUCUCUGCAAGGAAAAGCAAAAGUCAUGGCAGAUGGUGUUGGAUACCUUAAUGAU